AUGUCUUCCGAUUACGACACCUACCCGCUAGGGGAUUUCAAACUGAAGAAUGGAGGGACGAUUCCGGAUGCGAAAAUCGCCUACAAGACUUUUGGAGAUCCUUCGAACCCGGCCAUCAUAUAUCCUUCCUGGUACAGUGGACUCAUUGGCGACAAUGAAUGGUUGAUCGGCAAAGACAAGACUCUGAAUCCUGACAAGUACUUUAUCAUCAUCACGGCACUGUUCGGGAACAGCCAGUCAUCGUCUCCCAGCAACCGGCCAGACGUAAGACCGUGGCCAGAGGUGCUGUUCUACGACAACGUUCGGGCACAGCAUGAAUUGGUGACGAAGAAACUAGGCGUCAAGCAUGCCCGCGCUGUCCUUGGAUGGAGCAUGGGAGCGGGUCAAACGUUUCAAUGGGCAACGCAGUAUCCGGAUUUUAUGGACUUGGUUGUGCCGUUCUGUGGCGCCGCAAAGACAGCGGACCACAAUAAUGCCAUGCUGGAAGGUGUCAAGACUGCCGUCCUGGGCGCGAGAGGUGCAUCGUCUGCCGGUGUUGCAAAGGGGGAGGCCAAGCCGCAGGCAUACCGUGCGUGGUCGGAAGAAGAGCGUGCCAUAGGUCUGAAAGCUCUAGGCCGCGUGUACUCUGGUUGGGGAUUUAGUCAGGCCUUCUAUAGGGAGAAGCUAUAUCAAUCAGCGCUCGGCUUCAGGGAUAUGGAGGACUUCAUGGUGAACUUCUGGGAGGCCUGGGCGCUCUCCAAGGGUAAUACAAAGCCUUUCCACCGGGAUCUCGAUGUCUGCUGAUACUAUUAGAUCCCGACAACAUGGUCGCAAUGCUGUACACCUGGCAGGCAGGCGAUUGUUCCAAUCAGGAGCCAUACAACGGUAGUUGUCGUAACUUGUGCCGAGGAACACUCGCUAACCCUUUCUAGGCGACUUCGACGCAGCAAUGAAGGGCAUCAAGGCGAAAGCCUUGGUACUGCCGUCUAAGACAGACUUAUAUUUCCGUAAGGCGGUCUCGGUGUGGACAAGCUACAACCAGCUGACAAACUCUGCAGCUCCUGAAGAUUCUGAGAAUGAAGUAGCGCAUAUGAAGGCCGGAAUAGGAGAGUGCCAGGCGUUUCCGGUAAGUCUUGUUCUUGUCGCAUCAACCAAGGUUUAGAAUCCCUUCGUCGGUUAUCUUGCUGAUGGCAUUCGUCGCAUUGGACAGUCCAUUUGGGGACACUGGGCUGGAGGGCCCGGCCAAUCCACGGAGGAUGUCAAAUGGCUGGAUGAGAAGCUGCGUGAUUUCUUCGCGGAACACUGA